AUGGCUUCCGAUUCCUCUCGGGCCAACACUCACGGCGCACCAUUGUCGCCUGAUAGUUUGGCUUCGAGUCCAAUCGGCAAUACAUUUUCUUCUCCCGGUGAUUCCAGGCGCCAGAAACGUGGCCGGCGGUCUUCAUACACUACUCCGCCACCGCCGUCGGACGAUGCCCCGCCUUCCUCUGAUGUUGGCGAUGGAGAUGAUAUAGAUGAGGCCCCGCCUAUGUAUGUUUGGGGCACUAAUAUCAGUGUUCAAGAUGUGAAUGCAGCUAUUUUGAGGUUUUUGAGGCAUUUUUGUGAAAAUCCACACCAGAUUGAAGGGAAAUACAUGCAGGCUAUUAAUCACGUAAUUGAAAUCGAGGGCGAUGUUGAUGCGCAGGAUGUUUACGAUUAUGAUAGUGAUCUUUACACCAAAAUGGUUAGGUACCCACUAGAGGUUUUAGCCAUUUUUGAUAUUGUCUUGAUGGAUAUGGUCAGUAGAAUCCAUCCACUAUUCGAGAAGCAUAUACAAGCUAGGAUUUUUAAUCUCAGGAGCUCGAUUUCAAUGAGAAAUCUCAACCCAUCUGAUAUCGAAAAGAUGGUGUCCAUAAAAGGGAUGAUUAUCCGGCGUAGUUCGAUUAUUCCUGAGAUCAGGGAAGCCGUAUUUAGAUGUCUCCCUUGUGGUUACUACUCUGACCCAAUUGUUGUUGACAGAGGAAACUAA